AUGGCUGCAAGUUUCGUUUCCAAGUUCUCUCGCGUGGGGCGAUCUCUGUUGGGGGGACUAAGCAACAACAUUUCAUCUGUAGCAGCCAGCAGCACAUCACCUGAACUCACUUCCAGCAGCAAUGCCCUGUACCAGCAACAUAGGACGUUCAUUCAAAUGAGGACGGUUCUCAAAGUUGCAGAUAACUCGGGUGCCAAAAAGGUGAUGUGUAUACAAGCGCUGAAGGGGAGGAAAGGUGCGAGGCUGGGGGACACAAUCGUGGCUUCGGUGAAAGAAGCAAUGCCGAAUGGCAAGGUGAAGAAAGGGAAGGUUGUGUAUGGAGUUGUUGUGCGGGCUGCCAUGCAGAAGGGGAGGUGUGAUGGAAGCGAGGUCAAGUUCGACGACAAUGCUGUGGUUUUGGUCGACAAGCAAGGUCAGCCUAUCGGUACCAGAGUUUUUGGUCCUGUGCCCCACGAGCUCAGGCGGAAGAAGCACGUCAAGAUCCUCACUCUUGCCGAGCAUAUUGCCUGA